GGAAACCACCUGUAAGCCGUGCUAGGCGGCUGCCUUCUCGUGCCCUUACCUGCCCCACAGAAAGCGCCAUGAAAUCCUGGUGCCUGAGUGUGUCCGACACUACAUGUUGAGUCAGCCUGAGAGCCAACUCAGCUUCUCCGCAAACACCAGCCCCCGCCGCAGACAUUUCCAGCCUCUUUUACCCAAAGGGGUGUUGUUUGAUUCUCCUGUACGUGGAGCUGGGAAGUCAGGCGAAGAAGCCACGGAGCCAGAUGCUUCUGAGGAAGAGAUGGACGCAGAAGUUAUUGAAAAUGACUCUGACUGCAUUCUUGUUGACCUGAGCAAGUACCACACCCCUAAGAAAAACAGAGGAGGGACUGGAGACAUGUGCCUCAACAUCGCCAAGACCACAAGAACGCCUUUUGAGACUAAUGCCAAAAUAAUCAGUGAGACUGUAUCAAAUGACAUACACAGCAGUCCACAUAUGAGACAUAGCAACGUUCAGAACAACGACACACUGUCAGCAGAUGAGAGCAUGAGCCUGCUCAGUGGACAAGGAAUUGAACAGGACUGCGACAAUGUGUCAGAUGACCAAAUGAACAGCAGCGUGGCAACAUUGCAGAGCCGCCUGGGUAAAGAUUGCUGCUCAUCGUCUAGCUCCUCGGCUGUGCUGAAGCAGAACUAUAUUGAAGAGAUUGAAAACAGUCUAUUAAAGAAUCUCCCUUUCACAGAGGGAGACUUUAAGACGUGUGGCCUCUUGCAGCAGAGCUUUGUGAAAAAGUAUUCUCUCUUGCCCUUAUGUCAUGUUAGGGAUGAUGACCUUUCAGACAAAUAAUGUGACAUGACAUAUUAGUGCUGCUUUAGAGAUGGUUGUCGUGUGUUUAUGUAAAGAUAAGCACUUUAAAGCCAACAUAGUAUAAAUAAUUGGUAACUUUUUAAUGUAUGUAAUAUCUCUUGUGGUACCUCAUUUUUGGUUUGUGCAGCCUAAAGUUACAAAACCUGUGAAGUGACUGACUGACUUUUGCCUUCAACUUGUAUUACAGUACUUUGGCCUCCUGUCCAUGUAUGCAAGUGCAGCUUCCUAAAAUCUAAUUUCUCAUCAAAAGCCCCUAUUACUCUUGUACUGAAACAACAAAUUGGUGGCUGAUCCACAGCUCAGAAUCUGUAAUUCAUAUUAUGAAACUCGUGUUUUACAACUAGAGUAAUUACUUUUCUGCCUUGAAAAUCAACUGUAUUGGAACAUUGGUUGCUAACAAAAACAAAAGAGGAGCCAAAGACAUACAGUCAGUGCCACUUAGAGCCACUUUGUUCCAGUGGAGAUCCAGACAUGAUGUAGACCAAACGAUGGCCUUCUGAAACUAAUGCAAAAAUGAAGAAGGAGACUGCUUCAUGAAUGUUGCAGCAGCCUUUGAACCAUUGUCUAUCUGAUACCGGACUGUGACACAGUGUUAGAUGAGUGAACAACAGCAUGACAACAUUGCAUUAGCCUCGGUAAAUCCAACUUUAUUUUUUCCAUUGUUUCUUUUCUUAUUAUAAUGAAAUCAUAUCAUUGUUGUUCUUCCAUUUUGUAUGGGUUGCUUUGAGUUCUGUGGUUAAAGUCUCAUUAGAAGCCUAUCCCUCAUCUUGUAUUUCAAUACGAACUAAUAGAUGGAUAGCGCACAGUUCUGUAGGGGAUGUUUGUAUUUCUUGUCUGCAGAUGCUGGUCACUUUUUCUUUGUGCUUGAAUCUUGUGCAAUUGAAAAAUGUCAUAUGUUAUCGUUCCGCUGUGUGUGAGUAAUAGCUCUUUGUUAUUUAAAUAUUAAGAAAAGUCCAGGACUGGUGUCGUGUCUUUCUCCGAGAAUCAAUGGUUAAACAUCCACAGUGGUUAUGGUAUACUCUGUAUUUUGGGGGCAGUUUUGACUCCAGAGGAACCUAAUGAUGAAUAAACGGUCUGCCUUUGUUUAUAAUUCUCUGAAUAUUUGAAGUGUGAAAAGGUCAAAAUAAAGUAAUGGUUUCCUAAAUAUC